UACGAGCGCACAUCUGUCCUUUCUGACCGCGUUCACGUUUUCUCGUGGCUUCGAAAUUCUUCCUCGAUUCACGCGCUUUGGUAUAAAAGGGCCCCCUGUUUUUGUGUGGUCAUGUCAGUGUCCGUCUCCCCUGAUAAACGGCGAAAGAUGGAGUCGGCGUUGGAUCAGCUGAAAAAGUACACAGUGGUUGUGGCAGACACGGGGGAUUUUAACGCCAUCGAGGAGUACAAGCCUCAGGAUGCCACCACGAACCCCUCCCUGAUCCUAGCGGCGGCCAAGAUGCCAGCCUACCAGCAUUUGCUGGACCAGGCCAUCAAGUACGGCAUCUCCAAAGGCGGGAGUGAAGAGGAGCAGGUGACGAACACCAUGGACAAGCUGUUUGUGAGCUUCGGUCUGGAGAUCUUGAAGAAAAUCCCUGGGAGGGUUUCCACCGAAGUUGACGCCAGGCUGUCGUUCGACAAGGAAGCGAUGGUGUCCCGCGCCCGCAGGCUGAUCUCCCUGUACGACGAGGCCGGCGUGAGCAAGGACCGAAUCCUCAUCAAGCUCUCUUCCACUUGGGAGGGCAUCCAGGCCGGCCGGGAGCUGGAGGAGAAGCACGGGAUCCACUGCAACAUGACCCUGCUGUUCUCCUUCGCCCAGGCGGUGGCCUGCGCCGAGGCCGGCGCCACCCUCAUCUCCCCCUUCGUGGGCCGCAUCCUGGACUGGCACAAGGAGAACACCGACCGCAAGAGCUACGAGCCCCACGAGGACCCGGGGGUGAUUAGCGUGACCAAGAUCUACAACUACUAUAAGAAGUUUGACUACAGCACGGUGGUGAUGGGCGCCUCCUUCCGCAACACGGGGGAGGUGAAGGCGCUGGCGGGCUGCGACCUGCUGACCAUCUCCCCGGGCCUGCUGGCUGAGCUCAACCAGGACCACAGCACGGUGACCGCCAUGCUCACAGCGAAAGGAGCCAAGGACUGCGAGCUGGAGAAGCUGCACCUGGACGAGAAGGACUUCCGCUGGCAGCACAACGAGGACCGCAUGGCCGUCGAGAAGCUGUCGGACGGCAUCCGCAAGUUCGCCGCCGACGCCGUCAAGCUGGAGGGAAUGAUCAAGGAGAAGAUGCUGAAUGUGAAGAACGGACAGUGAAAGCAGGACAGAAGAUGAGGGCGGUUCCAAGCUGCCUGGGGGGGGUGGGGAGGAGGGUGGGGUGGGGUGGGGUGGGG